AUUCUGCAUAGAACUCGGAUGCAGCAAUCGCGAGGUAGCAACGUACAUGUAGCAACACCGAGACCGAAAUCAAUGUUUCAUCUGGAACAUAGUGUUACAAGUAUAGCUGUAGCUAAUAAGAAACCAAAGCCAGAAGCCAGGCAAUCACAGUCUGCUGUCUCUGUCUGCUAGUUCAGCACCAUGUCCGAGAACGAUAAAAACAGCUCCCUUCCUUCCAAGGGCUUGCGGCAAGGCACGGCUCCUACUGCUGCUGCUGCUGAUGCAAGGCACGGCGCCAUUCGUGUGCAAGACGGAGUUGAGGUGCCCUCCAAAGCGGGGCUCAGAAAUAACGAUGCUGUUCUGUCCACUGCUUCAACAGGUCAAGUCCGACACGGGGCCUAUAGUGUAUCUGGAGAAGAUCUGCGUACCGGUACUACCAGUACGAGUAAUGCUACCGGUAGCUCCAGCACGAGCGCUGGUACUGGUACUGGUACUGGUACUGGAACCAAAGCUGGACUGAGGAAAGGUGCUGCAGCCGUAAGAUCAAGCCAACAGCAAAACCCACAAGAGUCUCGAGUCGGUCAAACCAAGGCGGGGCUACGACGAGGAGCAGAUGCCAAGAUGGGGAUACCUUUCAGUGCUGGUAGCGCUAGCACUACCAGUACUUCAAAUGCUGCUGAAGAUACACCUGUCAUCAACGGUACCGGUAUGGAACUCAAUCGAGAUCUCCAAGAAGGAGAAAUGCAGGUAUCUCCAGCCGCCCAGCCAGAUCUAGAUCUAGUAGAAGAACACCAAAAUCACACAGAGCGACUCGCGGUGGCAAACUUGGUGGAGGACGACGAUCAUGAUCAGGAACUACCGGAGGCAGUCGAAUGGAACGAGAGCCAACAACGUGCGAAACGCAAUAUGCAUCAAACAAGAAUGGCACUCUUGGCAGUCUGGGCACUUGUGGUUAUUGCUGGAAUUGCCGUGGCAGUUGUUGUGUUCUCCUCUUCCAAAAAAGAAGACACCAUUGUGAUUAAUCCUCUCACCGACUCCCCCACCCUUUCUCCUUCGGAUGCUCCUACUCUGGCACCCACAGUCUUUAGCAGACAGGUGCGAUUGGAGUUGCUCUUGCCAGAAGAAACCUUAGAUUCCAUCAUCAACCAAGAACAAUCACCUCAGGCGCUCGCGCAUCAUUGGACACUCACUGACCCAUCCUUUGAUUCCUACCCGGAUGAUCGACUCCUCCAACGUUUCAUCUUGGCCACCUGGUUCUAUGCCACCAACGGACCCUCAUGGUUCAACAACACACAUUGGCUAUCGUACACAGUACAUGAAUGCCACUGGUUUCAAAACAGCAUCACCAUUCAAAGAGUAAUAUCCUACCUGCCCUAUGAUCAUCCUCAUCCCAUGACCACACCAUGUCGAAACAUGUCCAAUCUUGAAACAGGAUGGCAGUACGAGCACCUAGCCUUGGCACAAAAUGGGGUCAGUGGGUUCAUCCCGCCAGAACUUUUCCUACUCACAUCACUCCGUAGAAUUGGUCUUCUCUUGAACCUUAAAUUGACAGGCAAUCUGGUUGGCGAGCAGAUCAGCAAACUGACAAGCCUGGAAAUCCUAGAAGUUUCCAACACCAACUUUCAAGGCUCUAUUCCCACAGAAAUUGGUAUCCUCACAAAUCUUGUUGAUUUGUCAUUGGCAGUCGAGCAGCUGACUGGAGUCAUCCCUACAGAGAUUGGGAGACUGACGAACCUCAAGUACAUUUCCUCACAUCGAACCAAUUUAGAAGGACCACUUCCUUCUGAAAUCGGUCUCCUUUCCAACAUGUUGGCGAUCAAUUUGGGGUCCAAUCGGAUGACUUCAACCAUCCCAUCAGAGAUCUUAUCCUUGAAAAAGCUCAUGGUUCUUUUCUUGUAUGAGGCUCAAAUGUCAGGAACGAUUCCCACGGAAAUUGGGCUCCUCACAGAUAUGGUCCACCUUUACAUUGGCCCGAAUCGAUUUGAAGGCACUUUGCCAAGUGAACUGGGAUUGCUGACCAAACUAGAAGCAUUGACCAUCAACAACAACAACAUAACAUCGACCAUGCCAACAACAUUGGGGCAACUGUCGAGCCUUUUUGGUAUGCAAUUUUUGGGGACAGGCCUCACAGGGACCAUCCCUUCCGAGAUUGGAUUGAUUCCAUUUGUGGGGAGUGACAGGCCCUAUUCGCUCUCUUGGGAAUACCGAAUGUACUGGGCUGGUGGUACAUACUUCUCUCUUGCAGAAAACCCCUUCCUGACGGGGCCAAUCCCUUCUGAAGUGGCCAACAUGCGAGGUUUGGAGUGGUUCCAGCUUGUUGACAACAAGUUUACUGGCUCCAUAUUGCCAGCACUUGGCCAGUUAGAUUUGAAAAAACUGGAAUUGUAUGGGAACAAUAUGGAUCAAACAAUCCCGACAGAGCUUGGACAGGCCACUAAUAUGCAGGAAUUUCUCAUUGGUGGCAAUUCCUUUUGGGGCACUCUGCCAUCUGAGCUUGGAUUGUGGACCCGCUUGUCAAAGUUUGACGUCUCGAACUGUUCCCUGACAGGUGUGAUCCCAGGACAACUAGGUUCGCUGGCAGUCCAUAAUGAGUCCGUCCUGGAGUACUUUGCGCUUUCUGGGAAUGAAUUUGAAGGAACAGUUCCAUCCGGGCUGUGUCAGCUGAAUGCCAGUCUGUUGUUUGACUGCCACUCAGGUCUUUGUGGCUGCAAUUGUGCAUGUGCUUGAGUUACGGCUAUGUAGAUAUAAACGUCCUCGUUUGGAUGCUGUUGUAUCAUAGCCAAAAAGAUUGUCUAUUGUAGAUAUCCCAACGUCGUGGAGGAAAUGGGAAGAGAUGGUAGUGGUAGGUACACGUACCAAAGCUUCUCAAUGGGUGUCCUCCUUUCAAGAAUCUUCAAUCAUGGGACACAUGCAUGGGGUGGUAUCCCGGUGUAAAGACUGCUGAAUAAACC